AUGUCGGAGGCGGUGCUCACGGCGAGUGAACCCGUCGGGCCGGUGCAGGCGCCGGCGGACGCGGCGGCGGCGCCGGCGAGGGAGACGAUUGGGGCUUUUUCGCUCGCGCGGGCGAAGAGUUCGGUGCGGAGACUGAGCCAGUCGAAGCGGGAGCGGCGCGGGGAGACGACGAAGACGCGGUUCACGGAGGUGACGACGGUGGUGGGCGCGCGGGAACGCGGGAGCGAUGGUGCGGCGGAUGAGGACGUCGGUGGGUCGGCGCGGGAGAGAGACGACGCGAGACGUUUGCGAAAAAGAGAAUCGGUCAAGGUGAACAUGCUUCGCGCGAGGACGUUCAAGGCGAUGAAUGGGGGCGGCGGCGCGAGCGGGCGCGGCAACGGUAGGGUGUUCGUGGACGUGGAGACCGGGGAUAGUUUCGUGUCCACGGGGGAUCUCACGAGCGUGGAUGAGAAACGGUUCCGCGAACUCGACGCCGAGGGCGUGUUGGAGGUGGUGAAACUCGUCGAGGGAGGCGAGCAGGUGCUGAUGAGUUCGGUGCAACCGUCGCUGUUGGAGAAUUUGUCCACUCUUCCAGUGCAGGUGGAAGUCGGAUGGGCGGGUGAUUCCUGGCGCGCGGUGCUUCGAAUGUUGAUGAUCGCGUCGUACGACGACGUCAAUCGACUUCGAUUUACUCGAGGUUUGGACGCCGCGAUGCACUUUCUCAGCGGCGCCGAAUCCUUCUUGCUCGGAUCCGUCAUCUCGGCGUACGAGUCUGGAAACACCAGUGAUCUCAAGCGAUUGCUUCGUCAUGCCUUUUUGAAUCGCAACGUCAGUCGAGUGCUCGUGCAGCAAAUGUCUCGUUACGACAUUUUCUGGCACACGCACUGGUCGGUGAAAUUUAACAGAAUGAUGGACGCGUUCGGCACCGUUCCCGUGAUCGGAUUCACCGGUUUCCCAUCCUCUGAAAACUUCCAAAACACGCGAAACUUUGUCGUUGGCUCCUUCUUCCGCGUGUUCCUCGGUCAAGGCAACUGGAUCACUCGUGUUCUCACCGGACGCGAGGCGCUCAUCACCGACGAUCCGAACGUCGUCGCGCAAAAUCUCGCCGCGGAGACGAACAGUUUCGAGGCAUCCAACCUCGCACAACACGGUGCGUUUGUCGGACGCAUGAAGACGAACGAAUUCCGCGCCAAUCAUCGGUUACCGACGGAUGAGAGCGUCGUUCGUACCUUUGCCGUGUCGCCGUCGAGCACGCUUGUGAACAACGGCGUCGUGCACGUGGUGUCGCAGUUGGCGAGACAUUGGCACAGCAUGCUCGACCAACCGUACGGUAACUUUGCGCAUCAACGCCAAGAGCAGCUGAAUCCGUUGGAGACGCUUCGAUUCCACAUGCCCGUCGUCUUGUUUACUCUCGCCAAUUUGCGAGGCUUGAAUGCGUGGGACUCCACCGUGUUGGCGCCCGUGCUCAAAAAGUUGCAAAACAUCCCGCCGGUGGCCAACGCGGUCAUGAUCAAGCCCAUCGUUCGUAUGAUUUCUAAGGAGCUCGCCGCGAACGUGUGCGGCGGAAGUAAGAUAAUUUACGAUCCCUUUAAGAGUUGGUUGAAAGCCAUCGAGAGGAGUCUCACGCGGUUGGACGAGGAAGCGCAACAAGUCGCGUUGAUCUGCAGCGCGGUUCAGAAUGGCGUCGCAAUUGGACACAGCGCGAUCGCGCAAAGUAAUUUCAUCGCGCCGACCGAAGCGCAAAUGAAGCAGGCUGUGCACUCUGUGUGUCUCGGCGAGCCCGUCAGUACGAAGUGCGGCGUCACUGAGGUGCAAGUCAAAUCGGCUCUCAAUUUGCUCGCGCCGAGAGACAAGCGCAUGCUCAUUCAACUCGUAAAGAGCGGUUACACAAAUUCUAAAGCUGUCGUGUUACUCACAUCGAGAGCUUGCACACUCCUCAGCCGCAACAUCAGACGGGAAGCGCUGUCCAAGACAAUCGUCAAGAUGUCAAAGGGUGACGAAGUUGCGAACUUUGACACGAAAAAGGCGUACUGGGUCAAGGAUCAGUACGGCGUCGGCCGCGUGUAUAUUUUUGAACGCGAGAAUACGGACGGAACCUGCACGUUUACGGAUCGCGCCACGCGCGCAGAGCACUGCUUCGACUUUUCAAAGUCCACACUCAGCGCGUACAAGUAUGUCGAAGUUGGCGAGUCGAUCGUUCGCGCGCAAAAGGCGUUCAUGACGAUCGAAUUAGACCACGGCUCGGUUUUCUCUUACGCUUCAUUCAUGGAGUUGUCCUUUUUGCGUUCGCCACUUCGACAACUGCUGGUAUUGUCACAAUUCCACUGCGAAGAAAUCGACGAUGCUCGUCUCAAUAUCUUAUCAGCCAUCAAGCACUCUGCGACGCGAACCGAAGUGACCGUGAAAGAGCUGAAACUUGGUCAGCGAUACUUUGUCUACGAGGAGAAAUCGUACACGCCUUUCUUGUUCGACGAAGCUUUGCAAAGUGAUAAGGCGCGCUUGUCGGCGCUCAAGAUGAAGAAGAUUGUCACCGUGCCGCCGCAGUCGAUGAUUGUCAUCGGAGGCGGUCCGACUGGUUUGCUCACAACCCUUCACUGCCUCGAAAACGUCUUGUUAAGCGAUGGCGUCAUGCGCAUCUAUGAAUCGCGCGAUGCUUUCACUCAGGCUGGCGCAACUUUCGAAAGAGCGCAGAUUGUUCGACUGGACGCGCGCUGGAUCGCAUGUCUUCGUUUCCAUCUCGGUACAAUUUACGAGGAUGUUUUCAUUCCAACCCCGGGUGAUACGAGCUCACACUACGGCAACGUGCUUCCGUCGCAAGGCUUCAUCGAGAUCACCAUCAAGGAUUUGGAGAAUAUGAUGAACGUGGGCGUUUCGCAACGUCUCUCUCGUGGAUUGCUGACGCAAGAUACGAAUAGCGGCGCGCAGUACGACGUACGACAAAACAAGCUGAUCAAAACGGGCAAGGCGCUCAAGAUUACUGACUUGAUUCUGCGUAAAGUCGAUAACGAAGGAUCUCCAUCCGACGAACCCUUCUCUUGGAAGGUGGUCGACGUCGUGUACAACAAAUCUUACUUGGCGACGGAUCUCAAACUCGGUGAAGUUUAUUCCGUGUACAUCUUGGAUCAACAGCAAUGCUUACCGUAUCGACUUGUCGGUGUCAAUAUCGACAAGGAAUUCUAUGAAUUCAAGUCAAUUCAUUCCGCGUACGACGACUUUGCGUGCUUUGCAAAUAAGCUGCCGUCCGUCUAUCACAAGGAUACAAAGGCACACUCUUUGGUGGAAAGUUUGGUCAUCGAAUCCGUCAUUCGCGGAAGCGACGGAAAGUAUGUGCAAGAGGUGCUGCCUUACAACGAGAUUGCCUCACAGAAGUUUGAGCUGGACAUCGAGCACUACCACGUCGUCGAGGCCAUCGGUAAGCCCGCUGGCAGUCCGGUGCACUUUGCAAUCACGCAGACCGAGCCGUACGGCGUGGCUUGUCUCGCGGGACUCAAGGUGAGCCAAGGCAUGCACAACUUUGGUAACUCGAGAUGGCGCAGCAGAGUGGUCGAUGACAUUCGCAGUCACACGGAUCAGAACACUCGCAUCGUCGGUGACUUUACCAAGGUUGUCAACUCUCAGAAAAUCACGAAGAAGAUGCUCAAAUUCAUCACCAAGGAUGUCGAUUGGCGUCUCCACUUUGAGCGUCUCGUCGGGGAUUGUGGAUUUUCUGCAGAAAUGCCAGAAAUUUGGCAGACGAUGUGCACGCUCGUCAAACAACACACAAAGCAAGCUCCCUACGUCCGACGUCAUCUGCAGACGCGCUUCUUCGAGACUGGCGACAACUUCUACCUCGGUAUGGAGUUGACGAGAGAAUACGACGAAUGGAAAACGAAGACAGUUGAUUCAUUGGUCAAGUCUACGCUCACGUGGAACUCCAAGCCGAAGAACGCACAAGAUAUUAAGAAGAAAGAGGACAAGUUACGAAACCUGAAGGGCGCUCUCACCAGAUCGAUCGACCGUCUCUGGUACGACGCAACUCUCGAGACAAUUCGCUUCGGCGACGUGUACAACCCAGGUGGACAGCAGUUCAUUCCUCGUCUUUAUUUCAUCGAUUCGUUGACUCCGGUCACUCUUGGGUCUUUGCCUGGAUUCGAGAGCUUUAGAGUCGUCGACCAACCGAACGACCGUUACGAUGUCAUCAUGACUGGUGUGUCGGGCGCCGUCGUGCGCAACGUCGAAGGUUACGUUUCCAAGAUGUCCAACUCCACCAUGGUGUAUCGAGGAAGUAACCUCACUCGAGCGCCGAACGGAAACACCGAAUCAAAGGUUUCGAUGGCGACGUUCCCCGUGGCGCACUACGUCAAUCACCGCACGAUGCGCGUGCGCUCGGACAGCAAAGAUAAGGGAUACGUCUUCGCUUUCUGCGGCGAUGAACAGAGCACCCCGCACUUUAUGCGUUACUCUGGUCUUACCGGUGCGUGCAUCAACAGUAUGCUCUUCAACAACUUUAUCGGCGACGCGAUUAUCGGCGUAGCGUUCCAAGAUCGCUUCCGCACGUACUCGAGCUCGACCAACUGGUCGAACGGUGAAGUCGUCACGCGCGGUACCGGCGCCAACUACGGCGUCGAUGGUUUCCUUCGACCGUCGUUUCCGUACAAGGAGGGCGUCCGCUAUCUGUAUUCGAAGUACAUCGAGUGUCGCGAGAGCGAUAAUGACGUCGCUCAACUGCUGACGGAUGACUGGAAGGUGAAGUUCUGUUCGGCUCUCAUCCCCAGAGGCCUCGAAGACAAUCAAUCGUACCUCUCCGCGCUGAGCGAGCAAAUGUCUCACGUCAUUUACGAAGUCUUCAUGGAGGAGGUUGGCAAGGAUCCCAGCUUCACCGCCAUGGACUUGUGCGAUCGUCUCGCCGAGGCGAACGACAAGGUCGGCGAGAGCGACGAACCGUGGCGAGAACUUCUCGAACGCGCAAAUAUUUCCGACGACACGAAAAAGAUGCUCACGGAAAAACACGUGUGGAUCGCGAACAGCUUGGAUGCAUUGACGCAAGAGCUCAUCGAGUACGCCUCAUUCUUGCGAGAAAAUGGAUUCCGUUUCACGAGUUACGCGGAAAAACAGCCGAAUCCGGUCGACUCCGUCAUCGAUAGCACCUCUGUCGAAACGCAAGCUUUCGCCGAAGGUCUCACCAUGAGCGCGGCGCUCGCCGCCGCGGCGCUCGUCUUGUCGACUUCGAAUCCGCUUAGUGCCGCCGCGCUGUCCGCGUUCACGCCGAUCGUCGCCUUCGGUACCAUCACCGGGGCGAGUCGAUACAAGAACAGAAACGAAGAGUGGCUCGUCGCGUACAAGGACAAUUUGUUCAAGCAGGCUGAACGAGGCGCGUACGACGUCAUGUCGCGCGAUGCUCAAAAACAGUCUCUGCACGCGAGUCCGUACGUGAACGACUUGCGAUCCAUGAUGGAUGCGUUCGUCAAGAUGUGCGCGUAUUACAACUUCCCCGAGCCCAAAGAAUUGUUUCACCACUUCGAAGCCUUCGUGGAAGACGUGCACGGCGACAGAGCGUGCUCUGAAUUCGACGAGUAUCUCGUGUCGGUGGCCAUAGCGGAGACGUUUUACAAGAGCGCGUAUCUUCAAGAUCACCUCGUGAAGAUGCACGAAGUCGUGGGAGACAUGAUGUACUGGCGGUCUCAGAGCAGUGAACCCGGAACGGCUGUUGAUAUGCAGGCGCAGUGCUUAUUCGAGCGCGUCGUCGUGCUUCGUCGCGUGCUCGAAAAGUCUAUUCGUCGCGGUCACAUCAGAUUUGGCUUCAUCAGAACGGGCAAUUACUCCAAGUCUCACGUCGGUGACCUCGUCAAGUUCUGGAUAAACAUCCUGAUGUACCCAAUCUUGCUCUUUCGUCGUGAUGACUUGUCGCCCUCAAACGCUCGCGCCUCGGCCAAGGCGUGGUACAAGCCGGCGAACAUCGCCAUCACGGAGACGGCGAGGGACGCGCGAGCGCUCGCGGAGCGCGCGAGUCACGCGAAAUUGGCUCGCGCAGCCUUUGAUCUGGAGAGCUUCACCAUCGCGUCGAACGAGAGUUACACCGCGAGUUUCAUCAUUUUUUCGGCGCUUCUCUCAUUCUGCACGGGUAUCGUCUUCACGAUCGGUAACAUCGCCGCUCGCGUCAAGGUGCAAAAGUGGUCCACCGACUUGACCUCGGCGGGUUCGUACUCGUUCGGUCUCGUCACCCCGCUCUCCGCCAUCUUGGCCCUGUUCUGGUUAUCUCGAGUCCAGUUCCACAUCAUUCGACUCGCGUUGCUCCUCAACACGAAGAUGAAACCGUUAUCCGACGAACCGCGCGGCAAGUUGAAGAGUUGCAUCAAAAUGGCGCUCGCCCAGGGUCUGUUGACGCAAGUGAGAAUGUGCAUCGCUCUCGCGACCGCCGUCGCCCUUCCGUGGGCGCUCUGCGUGCGUGAAGCCUCUACUUUCGGUCUCAACUUCACCGACCGAUCUGAGAACGUUCCCUUCUACAUCGCCUCUGUCGCCGUCAUCGCCUCCGUCGUCUCCUGGUUCGUCUUCUUUUGGAAGGAGUACGUCGUUCGCUACAACCUCCCGUCCAAGCUCGGGCAACACGUCUGCGCCGCCUUUCUGGACGACAUCGAACACAACCGACAAACCGUCGACAUCCCUCACUCUUCCACCCUCGAUCACCACCGUCUCGAACGCACGACGUGGGAAUACGCCGCUCGGGUCUUCAUUCGCAAGUAUCGAUUCGACGCCGUCUUCGGCGCCGACCGCUUUGGAAGUCUCCUCCAGUACGUCCAAUCCGGGUGCGUCGUCUCCGCCCGCGGCGAAUCGCCGAUGUCCGUCUGA